AUGGAACCAACUCAGGAAGUUCAAAAAGUGCUUACUGAGUGCGUCAAUAAGACUAUCGACUUCGACCAAUAUUUAAAAUGCUUCGAGCAGUCGUUGGUUCGACCAAGUGGAGACAUCUCAGAUCAGUCAUUGAUGGAGAAAGUUCAACACGUUGCAGAUCUCGUGACUGGAGAGAAGUUGUUGCGCCUCAACGAAUUAGUCCAAAUUUUCAACUCACAGGCAGAAGUGCUUUAUCUGUAUUACACAAGUUAUUAUACUCAACUUGUCUCACUUCUUGAUUCGCAGUCCCAAAAAAGGAUAGUGACACAAGACGAACGAAGUUAUAAAAUAUCAUGUCUUCGAGCUCUUUUUGGAAAUAUUUAUUCACACCUAAAACUCAUGUUUGGCUCAAAUGUUUCGAGUUUGGCGCCUCGGGAACGCAAAAUCCCCACUUUUUUAUCCCCCCAAAUAUCUGUUCAUUCCAUCACUUCUCAAUCUCAACCAUUGUCAAAAAUCACUUGCAAAAAUUCUCUUGUAUUGUCAUCGACAAAGCCAACAAAACCAAUUUUCAAGAUUGACAAGAUAAAAACUCAAAGUCCUAAAACCCAAAAAAUCAAACCUCUUCUUGACUGGUUUGUCCUUCACUCAAAUCAUCCAUAUCCAACUGAAGAACAAAAAGAACGUCUUGGGUCCGAGUGUGGGAUGUCUCCCAAACAGGUUGGUACUUGGUUCUCGAACAAAAGAAACAGAAACAAGAACCAAAACUAA